AUGCGGCCCAGCAUCAAGUCUACGCAGAGUGAGAGAGGUUGCUCAAGGCCAAAGUCAGACGCCCACAUAGGUGAAUUGGACAAAAUUCAUUCUCGAUCAUCAGCUACCUCUGACACCUUUGAACACCGUGUACUGCGAUCAGCCAAGCGCUCAGCUACGGAUCAGUUGCCAUUUCCGCACAAAAGACGACGAGAAGACGACAAUCACGACAGUCUGUCUGUUCACAAAGCCUGUUUCAAACACAUAGGCAGGGCCCAAGAAAAGCUUUUCAGAGCCCGGCAGGACCAGGAUCAAGAGCGAGCAGAGAGUGCCCAAGUCAUACAGCGGCUGCAGAUGGAGAAGGCGGAAGAGAUGGCCAAAUUGAGAAAGGUACUGGCGGAGAAUGAGAAUCUCUCAUGCGAAGCCAAAAGAUUGCAAAUGGAAGCCAGUCAGUUGCAGCAGCAGCUUGAAUCUUUCAAUUCCGCCAUGCAAGGCCAAGUGGCAUGGAAUGAUAUCCAACCAGCUCUGUAUCAAGCUCACGGUGACCUGGUAGCAGCGGCCACGCAAUUCUGGAGAAAUGUGGAAGCCAUUCAGAACCGACAGCUAGCUACCUAUUUGCCAGGGUCCGGAGUGGUGGAUACAGCAUGGACCAGUCAAAUCAGCGCACAAGAUCCCAUCGUUUCUACCUCAUUGCCGGAGAUUUCUGAACUGGGUGAAUACUCUGUCCUGCCUCAGCAAGCGCCGACAUCUGCAAAUUAG